AUGGAAAAUCAGACUGCCUCGGUGAUGGAGUUUAUUUUGCUGGGACUUCCUCUCAGCAGGCAGGUGGAGCUGCUGUUCCUGGUGCUGCUGCUGCCCACGUUCCUGCUGACGCUCCUGGGGAACCUGCUGAUCAUUGUGCUAUCCUACCCCCGCCUCCACAUCCCCAUGUACUUCUUCCUGUGCAACCUCUCUGUCCUGGACAUCCUCUUCACCUCUGUCAUCUCUCCAAAAGUACUGGCCAACUUAGUGUCUGGGGAUAAAACCAUCUAAUUUGCUGGCUGCAUCACCCAGUGUUAUUUCUACUUCUUCCUGGGCACGGUAGAGUUUCUCCUGCUGACAGUUAUGUCGUGUGAUCUCUACGCCGCCAUCUGCUACCCCCUGAGAUACAGCACCAUCAUGAGGCCUCCGGUCUGCAUUGGGACUGUUGGGUUCUCUUGGGUAGGAGGCUUCCUAUCUGUGCUCUUUCCCACCAACCUCAUCUCCCAGCUGCCCUUCUGUGACUCCAACAUCAUUAACCAUUUCUUCUGUGACAGUGGGCCCUUGCUGGCCCUGGCCUGUGCAGACACCACUGCCAUCGAGCUGAUGGAUUUUAUGUUUUAGUCCAUGGUCAUCCUCUGCUGCAUAGUCCUUGUGGCCUAUUCCUGUACGUACAUCGUUUUGACAGUAGUCCGUCCUUCUGCAAGUGGAAGGAAGAAGGCCUUCAACCCCUGUGCUUCCCCAACCAUAGUUGUGAUUUCUGGCAGCAUCACGGUGUUUAUCUAUGUGACUCCCUCCCAGAAAGACAAUCUGGAGAUCAACAAGAUCCCUUCAGUCCUGAGCAGUGUUGUGGCUCCAUUCCUCAACCCCUUUAUAUAUACUCUGAGGAAUGAGAUGGUGUUGGGGGUCCUCAGGGAUGUGUGGGUCAGGGUUCGAGCUGUCUGGGGAAAGAGGAUGAGGACAAUGCUAAGGGGCAGGUUGUCCUCCAACAGAGACCACACAGGAGGGGCUAGUCUCUCUUCCUCUUCACUACCGCAUAUCCAUUGUGCAAAUCCCCAGUAUUAA